CCUGAGGAUGUCUCUUUCGGUCCAGUUAUCAGCAUGUUUGCAGUGUACCGAAAGUUUGACACAUAUUCAUUUGUUUGUCAUUGCUGUACGUUUUGGGCUGUUGCUUUUUGUCCUGGGGGCUGCAGAACCAAUGCGCUGGAAAAUGAAUCUCCAUCGCCAUCUCCAUCUCCAUCUCUGUCCGCGAGUGACAGGAAGGACGUUAUCACGAUGGUAGAAUCUUCGAACAGCGGGUUUGUGGAGGCAGCACGCAAUGCUGUACGGACCCUGGGUAUUGUAAACCUAGCGAUAAUCACCUUGAGAAUCCGCAUUCAAUCAGAAGUGUUUGCGAUCAUGCAGGCUGCACGUAGUGGGAGCGUGUCACCUGAUCUAUGCGGCAAGACUUCUUUGGGAGGCAGCGCUGCAGAAAGCCGAGAUGGUGUGGGCGCAGGUGCUGUUGAUGGGGCUGGGAGAAAGAGGAGUGGGAUUGCAUUGGUAAAGCUGAUGACAGAACGGCCUGGUUCACCUACGCAGGUGAUUGGCUGCGUUCAACAGUCUGAAGAGGGUAGAGUGCAGCCCAGUAGCGACACUGGAGGUCUGAUGAUGGGCUCAAAAGGAACGGGAGAUGAUGUCGAUCACGGUACACUUGGGAGCAGCAGCAAAGAGAUCUGGGAAAGAGGGGAACAUCAUGCAGUGAGUUUGAUGAUAUCAAAUGAAGCCUUGGUGGAAUUGCGAGACGUAAUAAAGCAGAGACAUUUGGAUUUCUUAGAGCUGAAGCAGCUGCAUGGAAGUUUAAGGGACGGCCUCGCAAAGAUUCUUACAGCAAAAAUGGAGAGCGGGGAGCUCUCACACCCUCGUGGAGCCAAAGAGCGGAAGUCAGAGUUCGAAGCGAUUGAUGAAGAGUGGCGAACGUGCGUUAAGGAGAAAUGGCAUGCCCUUGAGGAGUUGGGAAACCAGCUCUGUAGUAUCAGUGCAGAUAUCUGUAAAUACUCAAAUUUUGAGAUGAGUGAUUGCGACGUGAAACUGGUGGUGGAUGAGCUUCAGAAGCUCGUCCAGGAUGAGAAAGAAGCGAUUGCUGCCAUACUUGAGGAGAGGGGGACUGCGUGUUGUUGGCAAUCGCACAGUGGUGUUUUGGCCGGAGGCAGCUUGCGGGAGGAGGAGAAGGACUUUGGUCCUAUGGAGAUGUCAAAACAGGAACCAAAAGAGCACAGGUCUGCUGAAGAAGGGUUGACUAUUGUUCCCCUAUCUGGCCAUCUUGUCUAUUCCUUAGUCAAACAUCUGCAUAGACAUUUGACUUCUUUGGAAUCGCUUGUCUUGAAGAGUCAUAAAGUCUCCCAAAGGCAGCUUGACUGUCUCUAUGAGAGGGAGGAAGCUGUUCAGCAGCAGUGGGAACAAGCAGUAACCUGGAGAAAGGCGAGAAACUUGGAGGAAGACAUUGCAAAGCAGAUGGAACACCUGCGACGAGAAAAAGGUGAGACGGAGACGUUGGUGGCUGAGCAGAAGAUGGAAGUCCUGAGGUUGGCCUCCAUGCUGGAGACGGCAAGGGAGGAGCUGGGAAGACGGCAAUUAGAACUAGAUGAGCUGGAGAAGAGGAUUAGUGAAUCUCAAGAUGUCCUUACACAAUGCAGGAUAGAAAGUGAGGAGAAGAGCUUGAAGAAGGUAGAACUGGAAUUGGAGAUUGAGAAGAGGCAGGCGGAGGCAGACAGUUUUCUCAGCAGAAGUGAGAGGUUGGAGGCAGAGCUUCACUUGCUGGAGGAACAUGUGGGGAGGUAUGCUGCAGACAGCGAGCGUGCUAGAAUGGAGAAAGCAGAACUUGAUCGGUUGAAGCUGAGCUUGGCAUCGGAAAUCGCGGAAUUGAUGGAGAAGAGAGAUACUCUGGUAUCGGAGUUGCGGCACCUGGAAAACGCUGUGGGCGAGGCUGCUGACAUGCUGAAAGCAGAAGAGCAGGCUCUUGCACAAAGGGCUGGCCACUUGCGCGAAAUGGAGGAACGUUGUGCCGAAAUGGGAGCAAUGAUGGACAAGAAGGAGCAGUUGAUUCAUGAAGUUGCAUCUUUGAAGAGGGAACUUGAGGAAUUGGCACAGAGAAGAUGGGAGGAGGGUGAGGCGGCUGUGACUUGUGAAAGCGAUAGGCUCCAUCAGCUAGAGGAAGACUGGAAGUCUCUGAAGUCUGGCAUUGAAAAUGACUGGGGGACAUUCGACCUGCUCAAAUGCAAUGCAAAGAUGGCUGUGGACGUAAUGAAGUCAGAAUGGUCAGGCUGUGUCGGAAAGGUUAUGAAAAUUUUGGAGUGGGAGGUCGUCAAUCUCGAUCAGACGCACAACAGGGAAAGUCUUGACAACGACUCUAUGGACAAGGUCGAACUGGGUGAAGGGUUGAGGGAACAGAUAGAAGAACUCCGUCGGGUGUUUGUCGCCAUGCACCUACAGCUGCUGAAACAUCGCAGGCAAUGCAAGGAGCAAGAGAGGGCGUUGAGGGUGGCGCAGGCAGGUUUGGAGUCUGCGGAGGGCAAGAGAGAAGAGGUAGAGAAGGAGCUGGCUUUGGCCGAGGCAAAACUCCAUUCGGUGGAGGACGAAGUGGAAGGGCUGGAGGAAAAAAAAGAGGUCUUACUGAUGGAAUUGACAUCAGCAGAGGACAAAUUGAGCAGUCUUGCUGAGGAAAUCGAAGCGGCGAAAAGAAAUAUCAACGGGUCAAGGAUAGAGUGCAUGGAAAUGGAGGGGGAGAAAGAGCGGUUGAGCAAGGAAGCACGCGCUUUGGAAGAACUGCUGAUGAAAAAGGAAGAGAGUCUGAGACGUUCAGAAGCAAGGGUGGGGGAUCUGAGGCGAGCUAUGGAUAAUCUCAGAGAAGAGAUGGACAAAAUGACCACGGAGAAAGAGGAGACAAUUGAAGAUCUGAAGCGUGCCGAGGGUGAUUUGGGGAGGAAGAGGGAAGACGUUGCCAUGAUGGAGGCAAGAGCAGCUUUUCUGAGCGAACAAAUCCGAACAUCCGAGGGAUUGGCUGAGGGCCUGCGGAGAGAGAUAAGAGCCCUCGAGAGCAGGGAGGAGGAGACAAGUACAAGAGUGAAGGCGGUUGAACUGGAAUUGUCAGUCGUGUCCGGAAAGUUAUCAGAAGCGAGGUCGGUGUUAAGAGAGACAGAAGAAAACUUGACGAGACGGCGAGAGGAGCUGGAAGUGCUGGAGCCUCAGAUGCGGCAACGGGAGGGGGAGAAGAUGUUGACAGAGGUACAGUCACAGAUCGGGCUUGCCAUGGAGAUGAGGGAGAGAUUGAAGGCUGAAUUGGAGGCUGCAGAGUUAGAAGUCGACAGUCUGCUGAGAGAGAAGGCAGAGAUGGAACGGGAACUGAAACAGGUGAAAGAGGCGCUGGGCGCAGAAAGAAAUGUCUUGGCAGAGGCUCAAGGACAAGCGCGGCGGCAGGUUCGUGAAAAUGGGCAUGUGGAAAGCAAGCUUCUCGAGGCAGACGUGGAGAUGACAAAGUUGGCGAAGGAGCGCACGGCUCUCGAAAAUAUACGGUCACAGCUGGAGGAAAGGUUUGUGACCCUGCUGAGGAGGGAGAAGCAACUUCGAUCCCUAGAACUCGCAAUCAGCUGGGACUGGGGCAGCGCAUCACAGAUUGGGAUCCCUAAUAAGCGAGGAGUCCCUCCCCAGCGAGAUACUCACAAUGACGACGAGAAUGUUGCAGCAGAGGAGGGCGAACGUAGCCCAGGAGGUGGAGGUAAUCAGCACCAUGUUGUGUGCCAGUCGCAUCCAUACACCUGUGCUGCAAACUCGAAAGGUGAGAAAAUUGCAAUUUCUGGGUUUGAAGGGGAUGGACGUAGUGAGCUUGGAAAAAGCAGCAGAGGCCCUCCAAAAGGUGAUGGGCUUACAAGCACAGAAGAAGCGCAGGCAGAAAGGGAUGCAGCCUUGGUGAAUGAAUUGGUUGCAGAGCUUAGAGAAGUGGUUAAGGAGUGGAAAGGGGCUACGCAGGCGGCGGAGAGGGAGAUGGAGGAGCUGAAGGAGUUCAAAGUCGGACUGAUCGAGGAAGUGGCGGAAAUGCGGAACGAAUGCUUGAGAUGGAUUGCGCAUGCUAGGGAGAGGCUAAGGGAGCUGCGGAAGUUGGUCAAUGCGAGGCAAGCGUCGGGAGCUGAGGACACAAGGACGAGAAAAGAGCUGAAGAGGGUGAAGACAGAGUUGAUUGAGUUGAAGAAAGCUUGGGAGAAACAAGUGGUUUGGAACAAGGAGAUGACAGACAAAGGAAAGAAGUACCAGGACGAGGCUGAGCGCUACGAGAGGCUUGCAGAGCUGAGGAGGAAAGAGGCCGAGCGGCUGAGGAGUGAGGUUGAGAAGCAGGAAGGAAGGGUCCACAGGGCUAGGCAGACAAUUGCUGCGAUUAGGAAAGAGUUGAUGAUGGUGAAAGAGAUGAAAGCAAGCUUUUAUACCGAACAAGAAGGGACUAGGGACAUGCAUUCCCACAGAGAGGUGGGAGACGCUAAUGGGUGUGCUGCUUCAAGGAAUGGAGUUUUCAAAGGGAAAGCAGGAUUUUUGUGGUCAGAGUUGGAGGCGCAUGGAAGAGCAGCGGCUGUUGGGAGAGGGAGAGGUGGUGAUGCGAAUGGGGUCCUUGGACUGGGAAGCCCCUACGCCGUUGGAUCCUCGGGAAGAGAUCCUGAGCUCGCGGCAAAUAUGGAGGAACAGAGUUCUGGUGGUCCUAAGGAUGAAUCUGGAAACCACCAGAAUCUGUUGCGGCAACAUGAACAUGCAAAUGGAAAGAUGGAAGUGAGAAUGAGAGGAAGAGGCGCCGAAGAGAAGGUUGAAGUGGGAAAUCGAGCGGUCGGCGACGAGCGUGAAAAUGCUGAUAGAAAGCUGCAGCAGGUUCAGGCAGAAAUUGGUAAGGUCAUUUUCCAGCUUAAAGAUUUGCAGGAUAAGUUAAUGACAACAGUGGAAUGGAGGAACCACGCACUGGAGUGGGGAGCGGGGGGUGAAGAAGCGGCGACGGGAAUGCGGAGUGAGGAAGCAAUGAUGGGAGCAGAAGGUGAUGAUGAUCUUGCCAGGCAGAUGAUGAAGAGACAUGAAUAUCGCCAUCCCAAUGAGCUGCACGCCCAGCAUCUCGACAGGGAGAUCGGUAAUGGUGGUCUCGCAACAAAUGGGGGUGAGAGUAGGCCUCCUGCGUCGUCUACAACCAUGCUGGGUGGUUUGGAGAAAGAGAGUGCCGCCGCAGUAAUGGCACUGUCAACUGUGCUGGAUGGCAUGAAGCAGGCACAUUUGCAGGUCAUAGCUGCCAGAGGAAUCAUGCAGGGACGGGAUCGAUGUACCCUCGGUAACUAUGGACACGGCGGAAGGCAAAGAGAUGAGUUGACAGUGCAGGUUCAAGGCUGAUGAGGAGGAUAAGAGGCCUGAGGCGUUAUCCAAGUGACCAAUAGGUCCAAUACCCUAUUUGAGCCUUAAGAUUUCCUAAGUCCUGUCGACAGAACAGCAGGACACAUGUCGACGAUUCAAGAGCUAAGGUACGACACUC